AUGGGGCUGCUAAUCCACGCCCUGCCCCCGGUGAGGACGUUUGUGGAAUGGCCCCCGUGCCUGCAGCCGGCGCCCGGCGCUCCGGCCCCGCCGCCGGCCGCGCACGCCCUGGGCUGCAUGGACGCCGAACUCAUCGACGAGGAGGCGCUGACGUCGCUGGAGCUCGAGCUCGGGCUGCACCGCGUGCGCGAGCUGCCCGAGCUCUUCCUGGGCCAGAGCGAGUUCGACUGCUUCUCGGACUUGGGGUCGGCGCCGCCCGCCGGCUCGGUGAGCUGCUGAGUGCGGCCGGACGCCUGCCUGGCGUGCCCGAGAGGAGAAGGGGGUCUGACUGCCCGCCGGAGUCCGCACCAAGCGCCCGGGCCCCGCGCGCACCCUCCGUGAGGGUGGAGGCAGCGGGUUAGUGCAGAGAGCCCGAGCCCGACGCCGGGUUGGGACGCCUGGCCUCACUCCAGGCCCUGCCUCCUGCAGGACGACAGUUUAACUCCACCUCUCUGACCCGGAGCCUCAGCUAUAAAGUGAAGGGGACUGGACCCCCCUUUCGGACUCCCGGUUCUUGGAUUCUCUGUCCUCUCGGAUUCCCCCCUACCCCGCCCCCCAAUCUGAGCCAUUGCAGGCUGCUGCCUGAUAUCCCUUCUCGCCUUGUGCAACCCACUGUGGUCACUGGGUCCCUGGAGCCUCCCAUCCACCAGGUCUCCACCCCGCUGCCUGGGCCCUGAGGUGGCUGGGCCCCCGCCUUGGGAAGGGGAAGAUGGUACAGCCCUAGUCCCUGUACAGUGGAGCAAUGCCCCAUCUGGCCUCCAAAACCAAAAUAAAACUGGGUCACUUUACA